GCCGGGGAGCUGGGGAGUAGAACUUUAGAACGAGAGUUUUAGUUUGUCUCAAAAACUGGACCGAAACAGUCUAUCUAUUCUAGGACUACAUAGAGUCUCGCCAGUUAAUUUAUCUUGACAAUGGCGAUUAGGAGUGUACCCUGGCAGAGGUCUGUUUCUGAUGCGGUGUCUUGGCACCAGGACCAGGCUCUGUCGGCAACUAUUUACAUCCUCAGAGAAACGGGUCCAACAGGAUUCCUGCUUAAGGAGGAAGGAGAGUCCAAGAAGGUCAAGGUGCUUCUUGGAGAUCCUCAUAAGUGUACCUGUUCUGUGUUCAAGAAGGAGAAGGAGCCGUGCAAGCAUAUUUGUUGGGUACUACUGAAGAAGUUUCGUCUGGACAGGAAUAAUGAAUUAUCAUAUCAACGAGGCUUUGUGGAGCGUGAGAUCAAUGAUGUUCUGAGAGGCCUUGCAAAGAAAGAGGAUCCGCGGAGAAGAGCAGUUGCAGCUCGGAUCGCAAGGAAUGCUGCUAAGGGGGAUACAACUUACCACCAUACAGAUGGUAGGGAAGCACUACAACAGAGAGAGAUCACUGAAGAGGAUGUCUGCCCUAUUUGCCAAGAUGAACUUCUCGGAAACAGAGAGCCGGUCACAUAUUGCAGGUUUGGUUGUGCUAAGAGCAUUCACAUUAAAUGCAUGAAGGUAUGGGCUGACCAUCAGAAGUCCACUGGGGAGACUGUCUUGAAGUGCCCCCUCUGCAGGGAGGAUUUCGGUCAGAUAGACACCCUGGAGGCUGAGUAUCGUAAUGCGGCUUUACAGAAGACGAGAGCAGAGCAUGCAGAUAUUCACAUGGGCAAGUCGUGUGAUGCUUGUAACCAGUCACCCAUCUCCGGCAAGUGCUACAAAUGCUCAGGAUGUACGGACCUCUUCUUGUGUCAGAACUGCUUCGUAUCUAACAUCCAUUCACAGCACUCGUUCCAGUUUAGACAGAAAAGCAACCAGAGAUGGCGCCCUGCACAGAGAGGAUCGGGAGGCGCCCUGCCGUCCGCGGUCAUGUCAGAUUUAGAGAACAGAGACAUCACAGAUGAGGAUUAUGAUACUCUGCUACAGCUUGACAAUGCAGCCUCCAACCAGAUGAGCAAUGUCCCUGAGCACGUGGUGAAGUCCUUCCAUGUAGAGACAGUGCGAGACGGUAGCAACCUACUCUCCUUAGGCACACAGUGUAGGGUGUGCUUGAGAGCGUAUGCCAUGGGACAACUGGUUAAAAAGCUUCCAUGCAGGCACAAGUUCCAUGCAGAAUGCAUAGACCAGUGGUUGCUGCAUGAGCACCCAACAUGCCCUAUAGAUGGUACGGUGGUCUGGAACCCCAUCACAGCACAAACCAGGCAGAGCAAGAAAACUAAGAAAGCCAACCAGGGGAACGAGGAUGGGACACAAGGAGAGGUUCCUAGCCUAGGCCUGCAGAUAGGUCCAGGUGCAGGAGUGGUCAGACUCCAAGGGAGAGAUGCAGCUGGAAGACAAAAAGGCAGGCCUGGGCAUGGUCAGGACAGGAAUCCUACAGACGCUGGACUUACAGCAGACUUUCAGCUAACAGGCUCCUCCUUUAUAUCAAAGCCCAUCCUACCAAACAGGUCAACCCCCGAUCGACAUAGAGGUCUUCCAUCACAACACUCUGAUCCAACGGACCCUGCUCUUCUGCAGAGACUGCAUUCACAUGAAGACAUUAUUGACUCCAGCUCACCUUCAAGUUACCAUCCAUCUUCCCAAAGGAGUGACUUCAAUGGACCAACCAAUCAGAAGGGCGUGGUUAGACACAGACCUCCCGCACGACCUCUGACCUUGGACAGAAAUAGAACUCAUGUUGCCUCCAUUCCCCUGCAAAGGGAAGAGGCUAAUAUGACCCCUGUUGGAGGUCACGGCAGCAGCAAUGCAUCACCUCUCUCAGUCCCUAGGCUUCCUCUAGACAAUGGUGUUAGCUCGCCCCAUGAAAGUGUCAGGGAGAGGGGACGAUUGGGGCAGAAAACUGCAGAGGUAAAUAGAAGAAGAGCUAGGAGCCUUGGUAUCGGCAGGAAUCAAUCUUCGUCCAGAGAACGGUCACACCUCCAGCCAGACAAUAAGCCACAGAGUGCAGAAAGCCUCUUCCUGGGUUCAACCAGUGGACAACUCAUCGGAUCUUCCAAAUCACCUUCAUCGAACGGCGUGGGCAGCGGCCAUCAUCCCAGGUCAAAGGUCAAACCACUAUUGACCAACCACAGGCAUCCUAGCUCUAGCAGAGAUCAUUCAGUGGACCUCGCUCUUGCUGGCAACGCCAUGAACAGUCUUAACCUACACGGCUUUAAUGAUUAACUAUAACCAAUCAAAAUGCCUCAAGGAUUAUAUUUGGCAAGAUUCACAGUAUACAUGCAGUGAUGCCAGUCUUCAGGCUUUUGCCUGAUUUCAGGCCCUGACAACUUCCCAUUUCAGGCUUUAUAUUGUACAGCACAUAUGGGGCUGUAACGUGUUCUGGCUUCUUUUCAGGCCCAGUGAGUAAAACUGACUGGCAUCCCUGAGUAUAGCACUUUGGUUGGCUUACUUCGUUUCAACGGGUCAUCGCGUACGGUGUCGGGUGGUCGCGUUACCCGACCUGUCGUGAAAACAUGCUCCUGUAUUCAUAAAAUGCUGGGUGAAUGAAUGUUUGUGAAAUGAACCCCUCUCAUCUAAAAAUGGUCUGGUCCAAUUCACCUGAUACCUUGUGAAAACCCUACAACGUAUCUAUGAAAGGUCCGGUCCUCAAUGUGCAUCUUUCCAUGAUCUUCCGUUUUCUUUUCACGAUAGGUUGUGUAUAGCGACCACCUGACCAGACAAUAUGACCUGAUGAUUCGUAGUAAGCCCUUCGGUUUAUUAAGCAAAAGCAAUGAAAUAUAUGUUUGUGGCAUUUUUGAAGUUGAGAGUUUUGAGAGAUAUUUAUAAUAUCAGAAGUGCAGUUAUUGAUUCAAGCAGCAUAAAAUGAAUGUAAACCUAGCUUGUCCAGAUUCCCAUUUAAAAGUUAUAACCUGUGUGCCCUUAAAUUGUAUUUCAUUUUAAAGAGUAACUAAUAUUCUGUCUAAUGAUACCUUAUUUGUAACUCUGUUGCAAUGGAUGACUGAGCAGUAGUAGCCUUUUCAAAAGGUGAUUGGACUGAAGCAAUGGAUGUGGGUCAUAAGCCCUUAUUCAAUGUAUGAAUAAAGGUAUCACAGAAAACAAUUUACUCUUUACAAUUGACUAAAUUUCAAGGUCGUAUUAAUUACGACAUUUAAUUUUAUGCUACUUAAAGUUGGGUACACUUUUUACACACUGCUCAAGCCAUCAUACAUUUUAAGGACUAUAUAUAUAUAUAGAUUUCAAAUGCUUAUGAAAUUAUAUUUUGAAACUGUACUGUUUGAACAAAAACAUAAUGAAUAUAUGAGGCGAUCUGUAUUUGUCAUUGUUUUGGGAUGAGGAUGAUAACAAUUAAUGUUUGGGAGAUAUGCUUGGUGAGCUUAUGUCACCUGUAACGUGUUUAUAUGUUGAUUAAUGUGUUACUAUGUGAAUGUGUGCCUAUUUGGUGAUAUCAUUUUAAAAGCUUAGAAAGUCAUGUAAUCACCUGGAGCUUGCAUAUAAAGCUGACCUCCAGGAUUUAUUGCCAUUAGGUCCAAUAUCCAGAUCGUCUUAACUUCAUUUUGGUCUAUAUAUAUAUAUAUAUAUAUAUAUAUAUAUACUCAGUUUGUCAACAUUUGGUUUAUACCCAGGUGCUUCAAUCUACAUUCCGUCCAAUAGACCAAAUGGCAUUUUUUUUGCCACUUGGUCCUAUACCAUUUGGUCUUAUUACCACUCCGUCCAAUCAUUGGAAGUAGACCAAAUCAUAUAGACCAAGUGGUAACAAAAAUGAUGUGAAUUGAGUAUGUGACUUGAAAAUUAUAGGACAAAGUGGCGAUUAGACCAAAUGGUAAUGGACCAAGUGACAAAACAGAAAAAUUGUGGCUGCUUUUUUACAUUUCUGUAUUUUAUAACACAUGUGAUAAAUGUGCCCGUACAUCUGUAAAUGGCACUUGAUGAGUGCCAGAGUGAUGCAAAAUAAAUCUUCUUUGAUGAAUUUGGGAUUGGUGUGACGCAAAACUAUAUAUUUCUUUUAAGGGUGCCGUGACUUGCAACAAGUUGCAAAAUACUGUUGAUUAAUUUCCACUGAUUGUUCUUGUAUAUAUAUUUUAUGGUGCAGCUGCAUUUUCUUUCAUUACAAGUCUUUCAAAUAUUUAUGUUUAUACAUGUGUAUAUAAAAGUAACAUGUUUUAAUGAUUUUUCUACCAAAGACUUCAAGGUUAUAGUAUUAUUUUUCUAAUCAUAUAGAUGAUAUCCAGGGGGUGCAUGCACUUGUCACACCUGGCCCAAGAAACAAUUUAAAGUGUAUGUUUUUCAAUGGAUCGAGGAACAUACUCUUAGAUGACAGACACAACAGUUGUCUUGGUCAUCGAUCUUCCCCAAUGUCAUUGUCUGAGCUUUGGUUUCUUUCUCCCAUUACAUUACCGAAGUCCAACCUUUUUUUCUAUCCCUGAAGGAUCUGCUCUAAAUUGCUAACUAUUCUGCUCAUAUCUGCUGAGGUUGUAGGCUUAUUUGAAGUGUCUCUGCACAGUUUUCCAUUGGAUCUUCAGACAUA